AUUCGCUCACGAGAGCGAGUGAGAGAUAGCGAGAGAGAGAGAGCGAGGGAGAGAGCUUGUGAGCAUUUAGUCCUGCCAGAGCACAGUAGUGCAACAUCAACGGAAGACGGGAUAAAGCCACUCUGAGCGAGGGACAAGGAAAACAGAGGAAUACACUUCUGAUGGAAAAACAAAGAGGGGAUGGAAUGAAAAAAAGCAUCCUACUGCUGUUGGUUAUCCUGUUUCAUCCCAUUUCUGUUGGAGAUUUCCAUGAGCAAAGAAACAGAGAAAACACAUACAUGUGAUAUAUAUUUAAAAUUCCUAUACAUAUAUAUCAAAUUAUGCCUGUUUUCACAGAAGCUGCUUUUGGGGAAGGACUGUGUUGAGGUCCCUUGCAUAACAAUUGGAAGACUGCUUUAAUGUGCAGCAUUUGGUAAAACUGUUGCAUAUUAAUGCUUUUUGCAAAUGAGCGUGAUAAAAAACCACAAACAACACAAACAGCUUUGCUGCAGUCCCAUUUUUGAAGGCUUCUUGAAAACAGGAUUUUGCAUUGCCUUUUGUUGUCGCCUCUCCAGUUAUUUUGCCCUUGGAACAGGCUGGGGAGUUGAGGCUUGGGUGUGUUGAACGCAUGGACCGCAUUCCACAGGCUCAGUAUCACCUUCCUGUAUUCCUAGCAGUAACACGGCAGACAGCCUGCUCUUUAGUUGUGUCUGAAAGAGGGAGAGGGUAAGUGAGGAAGACAGAAGAAAGCAGAGAGCAAGAAACAAAAAAAAGCAGCAGAGAGGGAUUAUGGAGUCUUGGUAAAUAAACGAAGACAAAGAAAACAAGGAAGGGACCAAAACAAAUAAAGCAACUAGCGAUCGACUACAGUAAAGACGUGGGACACUACGCAGAAAUGUAAUUACCCCGCAUAUUCGCUCAAAAGUCAGCUUCUCAUAAAUCUAGACUAGGGAGGACUGGACUAGACUCCACAGGCUGGGGGGAUUUCUCAGCACGCUGCCCUUGUCAUUCCCCUAUCCCCUGCUUGGUAGCACUUGUGGGGUUCUAGUUGUCUGGUAGCAGAGCUGUAUUGGUGACCCCAUCUUUUUAGAAUCCCUCUCAGGUGUGGUGUGGAGCCGAUCCGACAGCACCAAGAGAAACCCACAACAACAGAGAGUGACUGGACCCCCAUCCCUCUAAACCCAUUAAGCCAAACUGACAUUGACGGAGUGCUGUCGCCUAUGGAUUUGAAUGUGUGUGUCUGUGUCUGUGAGAGUGUGUGCAUGUGUGCGUGAGUGUGAGCGUCUGUGAUAAAGGCUGCCUGCCUCAGGUGCUGAGGACUGCUUUUAAAUCUGGACUAAAUCAUCAUUUCAGUUUUGAUCUCAUAGGACAAUAUUGAAGAACUGCAGGCUGUGCUUUCGCUAGAAGAGGUGGAAACAAAAACCAACAUACCUUUCUUUCUGGCAUAAUAUAAUAUUGAAGACCAAUUGUAGAAUAACAUCUAACUGGAAUUGUACAUCUGGAAAGGAAAGGAAUGAGAGCAUCAUGUUCCACUUAGCAAAGGGAUUAAAAAUGGCUACAAGAGAAAUAACAAAGAAUCAAAUGAACAUUCAGGUGGAGACCAGGCAGUUGCUCGAGGCAAGAUAAUCUGAGAGGGGAAUAUCAACAACUCCCAUAUUUAUAGAUUAUGACAAGUGGAUUAUCUAGAAGUUCCAGUGCUUUGCCGUUUCCCCCUCUUCAGCAUUGAUUAAUGCUUGGCAGGGCAAUUAUCAAAAUCUGUGUUUCCCUCUCCUAAAUGAAGACGUUUACAGAAAGGACCUUGGAUCCUUGAGGAAUCUGCUUUUCCGCUAGCGCUGUUGGGAUUCCAAAUCUCUCUGGUUUACAGAUAACACUUUUCCUAUUGGGGGGAGAUUUUUUUUAAAUGCCACGGGCCAGUUCAUUUCUGGGUGACACCUCCUAAACUGGAGGUGCUCCAGAUUUCAGAUCACAUCUGCUAUCGACAUUUGGUAGAAAAGGGCGGUAUUUUUGCAACGCUGCCAGAACAGUGUGUCUGAGUCUGGGACUGAAUCACUGGGGACUCAUUCAUGAGGAGAAGGUUGAGAUUCGAGGUUAGUUUGUUACACUUACUUGCUCAUCCCCCUUCUUAAUGGCAAUUUAUUACUUCACACUGAGCCCCCUGUAACUGAGUGCAGUUAUAACUCUCAGCAAGGUAAUUGAAAGCUCUUAUUCUUUCAGGCAGCUGCUAUGAAUAUAGGCUAAUCCAUAAGCUCUCAACUCCUUUUCAAAUCUCUAGUGUGUGAAAUACCUAAAAGGCUAUUUUUCCAUGUCAGUUUUUUUGGGCCAGUAAGAAGCCUGCGUUUCUGAAGUUGGUGUUUAUUGGCCUGCACCAGCUUUGAGACACUUCAGCAACUGAACAGAAGCAGCAUCCACAGGUAUCAAACAUGGCUGCCCAUUCUGUGCUCAUCUGCCUCGCCUUCAGCUUUCUGCUGGGCUUCACUUCACUGGGCCAGAACACUAGGGAGGCUGGGGCCGAUGCCCAGGCCACCAACCAGACGGCAGCCACCUCUGAUUCUCCGGAGGCUACGCUGGUCACUCCGGUAGCAGAGGACCAGACCAUCCCAAUGAUAGGCAGCCGCUGCCGGGGCUACUAUGACGUCAUGGGCCAAUGGGACCCACCGUUCAACUGCAACGCGGGCGUCUACCUGUUCUGCUGCGGCUCCUGCUUUUACCGCUUCUGCUGCCAGUUCAAGGUGCACAGCCUGGAGCAGGAGUCCUGCUCCAACUACGACACGCCCGUCUGGGCCAACACCGGCAAGCCGGCGGCCCCCGUCACUGAGGUGCAGGAGGAGCCCGACCGAGACCGCACCCACAUGAUCGUCUACAUCAUCUGUGGCGUGGUGGCCAUCAUGGUGCUGGUGGGCAUCUUCACCAAGCUGGGCCUGGAGAAGAGCAGAGGUGGCCAGACAGACAUGACCAACUCUAGGGCCUUGACAGAGUUGUUGAAGCAGCCCGGCGAGGUGGGCGGAGUGGACGGUACCGGGGGUCACCACCCCAUAGGGACCAAUGGGAUCUCUGGCAGGUCACUGCGCAGCAACAACGAUCACAACCACCUGAAUAACGCUGCCCUCUCACCCCUGGGUCCAGCGAUGGCGCUCUCCCACCCUCACAACAACCUUGGUCUGGGCUUUAACAAGUGCGCCUCCCUCAAGGCUGUGGGUAACUGGCAAAAUAAAGAACCUAAUAGGGCUUUGGGCCACCACCAGCUUCCAGAACAGUGUAACGGCAGUCUAAGUCGUCCUCCUCCUCAGACGAGAGAGAGAGGCGAGAAGGAUCUGAGGACCAAUACGCAGCGAGGGGUUUGGCCACUGGAUAACAGAGCUCUUACUGUAUCUGAACAAAGGAGGACAUUGUUGAGGUCUCUGGGGGUACCAGCAGAUACGGCAGCAAGAGACUACUACAAGGGCUACCCGAUGGUGGACUACUCCCGCCAUCACUCCUCGCCCCCCACCUUCCAGCCCAUCGCCUUUCACAAGGACAAGCCCUUCCUGCCCCCUCCAGACAUCCACGCCCCACUGGCCAUAACCAUCACCGCCGCCCAGCUCCCCAAACCCAAGAUCUCCAAGACUAACACCCACCCGCUUACCUCCAGCUCAGCCUUCAAAGUCUGGGACCCCAGUAAAGGCCAUGUCCAGCAUCCAACGGCCUCCCACAUCGGGCAGGCACAGCAGCAGCAUCCGCAGCAUCCGCAGCAUCAGCAGCAUCCGCAACAUCAACAACAUCAACAGCAUCAACAGCAGUUACAUCAACAACAUCAACAGCAGUUACAUCAACAACAUCAACAGCAGUUACAUCAACAGCCCAACAGCCGCCGGCAGGCCUACUCCAACAAGCGGAAGUUCAGCAUUGAGACGCUCCCAGAACUCUUCUCCCAGCCCCUGGGCUAUGGACAGUCGCCCCACAUGCACCCCAAAAACAAGGGGCUGCCCACCAACAGCAAGACAGAGGUCACAGUCUGAACAUGAACGUUUGGAGAGCAGGAGAGCAAGAAAAAAGUCUAUAGGACUGGGAGUAAGGCCUGGGAGCGAGAGCUUUUUGUACGAAUCAAUGUCGUGUUGAUGGCUGGGGGGAUGAACAGGGACAGGCAAUCUUCUUUUGCUAUUUUAAUUGCAGGUUUUCUUUGUUAUUGAUAAUGUAACACCCAAAAACGGAAGGUAUCAAUCACAUGAAGUGACUCGCUCUCUCUAGACCUGGUUCCUUUAAAUUCCCUCUCUGUCCUAGCGUCCUCCCGAUUUUGUUUUGGUAAAUCUCCUCUUUGCUCCCCCUGGCACCACUACUCUACAAAUCCCUACCCCCCCACACACUUACACACUCUCCUACUGUUUGCAGCCUGUCAGAGUGGUACACAUGGGUAAAGCACCUCCAGGACCCUGAACAACAGCAGUGACAAUGCCAUUGUCUUGUCAGCUCCCAUCACCCUCCAUCCAGAACAGAGUGAGAUACCAUUCUGGCAAAUCUGUACCAGCGAGAGAGAGGGAGAGGAAGAGAGAGAAACAGCGGGAAAGGAGGUGCUUGUUUAUUCAUCCUGAAGCAUAAGGGAUGAGGAACUAAGCUGGACAGAGGUUUGGUACGGCAAGCACCUCCUGUUCGUCACCUGCUGGAGAAGAGCCCUGAAACUUCAGACCCCCUGGUCGUCAAAACUGGGGAAUCUCACACAGUGGUUGUGUCUGGAGACUCCCUGGGAAUCGUCAGCGUCCACGUCUCUCAGCGUUGUGUUGUUUGUUGUUGUCUUAAUCGGUGACACAUGCAUCGGAAAGGGCAAACAGCACAGGUAUCAGCAAGGUCACCACAGUCGUGUUAAAUGGAACUGUCUGUGUUAGUGAAGCUUCAGCAGAGGCCAGACGCAAAUCGCAAGGGACAAUAGGCGCCUGCAAGAGGGCAGGACAGGUCACCGUGUCUGUCCUGGGUAAUAUGGUGCCAAAGGCAAUGCAAGGGUGGGAAGGGUGGGAAGUUGUA